UAAGUACAGAUUAGAUGAAACAUUAUCAUUCGAAUGUAAUCAUUACUACCAACAUGAACAUAUAUACUCCAGUUUUGCCACUUAAGUAAAUGUGAUAAAGAAAGAAGUAUUCAAUAUGAAAAUUUUUGGUUCGUUUAAUAUUUGAAUAUACAUUAAACUCUUUUUUCAAAUUUAUUUCAUAAGUAUUUGUAUUUGAGACUAUCAGCAAAAAAUUAAAAUAUGUCUAUGCCAGUAUUUCCAUCAUCAGCCCCGCAAGGACCACCUAUGCAACAAGUACAGCAACAGCAACAACAACAAGAAAAACUGGACAAUAUCUCUAAGGUAAAAACUCAAGUGAAUCAACUUAAAGACUCACUAAACUGUGUUCUGCGUGCUGCUUCUUACACACUACAACAAAAUCACUACAUUGACACAGGACUUCUUAAAACUGUAGAUGUACCAAAUCCAAGAUUUGAAAAAGCAAUUGAAGAAUUCUUUUCUGUUUGUGAUCAAAUAGAAUAUAAUUUAAAAACUGCUAUUGAAUGUCAACAACAAGGUAUGAGUAGUCAAAGAUAUCUACCAUUACUUGUAUAUCCAACUAGAACUGAACCAGUACCUACUCAAGAAUUGAGUUCAUUAACUUAUCCACAAUAUUUAAGUACAGUUCGUUCUCAGAUUUCAUAUGCUAAAGAAGUUCAAGAAUUACUUUUAUCAGCAACACAAAAUAGUUCUAAUGAAUAAAAAAAAUGUGUCAUAAAGAAAAAUGUAAAGAGCAUUUCUAUUUUGACAAUUUGAAAUGUAAUUAUGUGUAUAAUAUAUGUAAAUAAAUAAACAUUUUUAAAAGAA